UAUGGUUGUUCUCACUUUCUUCUUUUCCACCUUUUGUAAUGUCUCAAGUUUUAUCAUUAGAAAAAACAGUGAAGCUAUUUUCCAUUUGAAACAAACAAACAAAAAAAUGUAGAUAAAGAGGACUGGGGCUUAGGCAACUGAAAGCAAGUAUCUGAGACCCAGCCUCCAGGACCCUGCCUGUCACCCAACACUCAAGUCGCUAUCAGGAGCACUUCUCUCUGUUGCAGUGACUGGCUUCUGUCACGCAAUCCCCAGGUUAUAAUGAGGGGAGGACAGGCCUCAGGGCAGAGGCAGCAGCCCCAGGGUCAGCGGCCUGCGGCUUGCCAUGGGGAACACCAUCAGGGCCUUCGCAGCCUUCGUCCCAGCUGACCGCUGCCAGAACUACAUGGUCAGAGACCUCCGGGAGAUGCCGCUGGACAAGACGGUGGAUCUGAGCGGGAACCUGCUCCGCCACUUCCCAGUGCACGUGUGCUCCUUCCAGCAGCUGGCCAAGCUCUACCUGAGUGACAAUCGCCUCAACAGCUUGCCUCCGGAGCUGGGGCAGCUGCAAAAUCUGCAGAUCCUGGCCCUGGAUUUCAACAACUUCAAGGCUCUGCCCCAGGUCGUAUGUACCUUGAAACAGCUCUGCAUCCUCUACCUGGGCAACAACAAACUCUGCGACCUCCCCGGUGAGCUGAGCCUGCUCCAGAAUCUCCAGACCCUGUGGGUCGAGGCCAAUUACCUCACCCACCUGCCAGAUGUGGUGUGUGAGCUGAGUCUCCUUAAGACUCUGCAUGCUGGCUCCAACGCCCUGCGUCUGCUGCCAGGCCAGCUCCGGCGCCUCCGGGAGCUGAGGACCAUCUGGCUCUCAGGCAACCUGCUGACAGACUUCCCCCCUGUGCUGCUUCACAUGCCUUCCCUGGAGGUGAUCGAUGUGGACUGGAACAGCAUCCGAUACUUCCCCAGCAUGGCCCACCUGUCAAGCCUGAAGCUGGUCAUCUAUGACCACAAUCCUUGCAGGAAUGCACCCAAGGUGGCCAAAGGGGUGCGUCGCGUGGGAAGAUGGGCGGAGGAGACCCCAGAGCCUGACCCCAGAAAAGCCAGGCGCUACGCACUGGCCAGGCAGGAGAGCCAGGAGGCACAAGUGCCUGCCCUGCCUCCUCCACUUCCGCCUACCAACUCCUGAGAAGUUUCAGGUGUAGGUCAAUGCCAAGGACCCAACUCCAUCAUCUUCUGGAGACCUCUCCAUUAGAAUGCAAAGGACUGCUCCGGGACAGGUGGGGCAGCUCUGCCAGUGGAAAAUGGAAUAGAGUCAGAUGAAAUGCCUACCUCACACCAAGAAAAUACUCAAG